AUGAUCCGAGUAAUCCUUCAAGAUUGUCAUGCGAGGCUUUGCAAGAACCGUCAAAGGAUCGAUGAAGAGAAGACAAAGUGCUUUGAAUCCAUGGGCGAGAAUUGUACAAAACUGCUCCAGCAGAGGGUGGCCGAACGAGCCGGCGAACACAAAGCGAAGCAAGAGGCAUCACUUGCAAUUAAGUUCCGCAAACUACCUCGUCAAAAUUCAUCCAAAGCUGAAAAACUGGUGCACAACCUGUCAUCCAAAAAGCUGACGGAAGAACAAAUGCAGGUGUUAAGGCAUGAAGCCUCAUUCAACACAGCUGAUGCCAGGCCUGCUAACAUGGUUGCUACUGCAGAUUCAAUUCUGAGCCAAACAGAAGCGACGGACGAAACGAAAAACCGUAUACGUCAUCAGGUGUCGUCCCUUCUCAUGACACAUCGACCACUCGACGCUCUCUCCAAGGUCGAAGGUUGGCGUUCCCACACGGUAUCCUGA